AUGAUAGAUAGUCAAUCAAAUAUACUGUUUAAUUGGAAUGAUAACAGUAGCGGUUCUGGCGGUGGUGGUGGUGGUGGUAAUAUCGAUCCCAGUCAAUGUGAUAGCAACACUACCAAUCAUCAUGUUGAUGUUAAUCAUCAAUAUCAAUAUGUAGAGAAUAAUAAUAAUGAUAAUAGUAACAAUCAUUAUCAUCAUUAUUAUCAUCAACAACAACAGCAACAGCAUGAAGAUGAAGAUAAUAAAGAACAUCAGCAACAGCAACAAUAUGAACAUGAAAAUGAACAUGAUUAUAAUGAUAACAAUGUAUUGCAGGGUAGUGAACAAUCCACUAGCUAUAUCGAUCAUAUGUUCUACGAUCAGUUGGGAUACCAUAGUAAUGCUGUAGAUUCAACACAACAAAUAACAAGUCAACAUAAUCAUCAUAAUAAUCCUAAUCAUAGUAAUCAACACAACCAAUUCACAAAUGAUAACAUUAUGAAUCAAUUUAAUUCUUCUACCAAUAGCAACAGCAGUGGCGGUGUUGGUACCAGUAAACAACAACAUAUGGACAUCGAUGAAAUCAUCACUGCAAACGAACAAACUGUAUAUAGAACAAGAUCUCAUUUCAAUUUAGAAUAUCUAAACUUUGAUCAACUAGAUGAAUAUUUUGAGAAUAAACUACCGAUUGAUACUUUCGAUGAGAAUGGAAACAACAAUGGAAUGGGUGUAGGUCUAAAUGGUGCGAAUGCAGAUCUCACUGAUAAUGUAUAUAAGAAAUUCUUGUUGGAUCUACAGUCGGGCGCACAGCAACCACCUUCAUUAGAUGAUCACGACGAGGACGAUCAGGACUAUGUUCCACCUGAGGAAGACGAUGACGAUGACGACGACGAGCCUGACGACCAGGACAUCUAUGACGAUGACUGCGAUCUGAUCAAUAACAAAAACAGCAGCAACAACAGAGUCAACAGUCAAUCGAGCAAGACCAACGAGAUGCAAGCACUACUCACCGAUUUCAUUGAGAACGAAGGAAACAUUCAACCUAUAGAUUUAAAAUCACUCUUUGAGAGUAAUCAGUCCUAUGGAAACACUACCAACUCUAUACCUUCAACUACAUCACUAAAUAAUCAGAUGACUCGCAGCAGUAUGUUGAUCCACUCCGAUGUUCCAUCAAUUGGAAUCGAGUCUUAUGACGCUACAUGUACCAAUGAAUUUACAAACUUUCAAAUAGAGACAAAUGAUAAUAUUUUCGAUGAUUAUAGAGCUGACUGUGGAAGUGAUUCUAUUUUACCUGAUGACAUUCAACAUAAUCAUAAUCAUAAUCAUAAUCAUCAACAUAAUCAUACUUCUAGCAACAACAAUUCAAUACACUCACCACCAGAUUCACCAGAUAAUAAUAUUCUAAUAUCACUAAACAACGAAAUCACAAAUAAUAAUAGCGCACAUUCUACACCUACAGCACCAACACAAUCACAAACAACCAACUUUAACACCUUUGUACAGAUCGAUUUAAAUACCAUUCAAACCUAUUUCCAGAGUCUUCAAAAUAAUGAUAGCAAUUUAAAUAAUAAUAAUAAUAAUAAUAAUAACAAUAAUAGCAAUAGUAACGGUAAUAGUAGUAGCAUUUUAGAAAUUAAUAAUAAUAAUAAUAAUAACAAUAACAAUAACAAUAAUAAUAAUAAUCAUAAUAAUAAUAAUAAUAAUAAUUUUAGCUUUAAUGAUCAUUUGAAUAGUCAUAGUAUUUUAGAUAAUAAUAACAACAUAUAUAAUGAUAGUAAUAAUAAUAAUAUUGAUUCAUUUAAGAGAAGGAGAAGUGGAGCUAAUGGAUAUAGUGGAAAAGAUGAAAAGAAAGAACACUCUUUAAAGAAACACAAGUCAAGUACACCUCAUCAGACUCAACAACAACAACAACAACCAUUUGAGGUUUUCACAGAGCAGGAUAUCACAAGAUUGAAACAACAAAUUUCGAAUCACUAUCAGUUACUGCUACAGGUCCUACUGAGGAUUAGAAUAGAGAAUUGGAAUUACACAAGUAUGUCAAACACCAAAAAGAAGAAUAAAGCCAAGAAAAAUCAACAGGAACCACAUCUCUCCAUCAUCAAUGACAUUGUGAAAGAUGACACUGCUCCCAAUCCUCAUCCUCUAGCUACAAACAUAGAUGCAUGCAAAAAAAUGUUGGAUGAAAUACAUACACUUUAUAAAAUACAUUGUGAUAAGAAUUUACUUUCACACUUUUUACUGACGCAGAUAGAGUCACCAACAAAGUUUACCCGAUCAGCCAAGAGAACUAUGCUACCACCGUUCAGCUCACCUAUCUACAACGAUGAGUGUUUCAAGUUGCACCCGUAUCUCGAGGAGUUGCUCAAAGAAGAUCCUAGACCCAAUGAAGAUACAAUGAAUUUCACACCAUCCGAGGACAAACUCUUGAAACUUGGUUUGGAGCGAUACGGACUCGAUUGGAAUGCUAUCAGAGUCAAUCUACUACCGACCAAAACAAUAGACCAGAUCUUUCAUAGAUAUAAAAAUAAGACAUCCUCAAACUCUGCCAACAAUAUUAUUAAAGAUUUUCAUGCAAAAUCAAUUUUAACAAAGAAAGAAGAAGACAUAUUGGUUAAAGCAAUCGAAGAGCUUGGUACAGAUUGGGAUACAAUCGUCAAGAACUAUCUGCCUACAAAAUCUGUCAAGAUAUUGUCUGACUACUACUCAAAGAAGCUGGGAAAUAUCAAGAAAAAGAAGAUCAAACAACAGCAACAACAGCAGCAACAAUCUUCCGAUGAAUCAGAAAAGAAAAAGAACAAGAGUAACAAAGAUAAAGAGACAACAGACAAAGACAAGAAAAAGAAGAGCAAUCUUUCAAAUUUGAAUAUUAAUCUGCUGAAUGACUCAACUCUAUACGAUCUUGAAGAUGAUAGUUCACCACCUUGUUUCCAACAACAACAACUAGAACCUAUCAAUAGUGUACUUCUUGCGGAUGAACGCUCAACCGCAGCUAAACAACAGGAUAAACAAGAGAAUGAAAAGUCAAUAAUCGAUCAUCAGAUUUCAACUUCACAAACUGCAGGUCAACAACAACAACUGAACAAACAAGAUGAAGAUGAAGAAACUUCGCCAACUCAACAACAUCAACAACCAGACGAAAGUAAUGAAAGCCAAGGUGAUUGUGGUGGUGGUGGUUUAAGAUCAAUCAACCAAAGCGACAAUAUGGAAGUGAUCGAAGGUAUAGUUGUUAAAUGGACAAGAGACGAAGAUAGAAUACUAUUGGUUACCAUAAAGGAAAGAGGUGUCUCUGAGGAUCAAAUGAGUAAUAAUUCAACAACAUCACCUGGUGGUGGUAGUGGUUUUAAGAGAGCCAGUGUUAAAAUAUCGAGUGGUUCAUCCAUUGGAUUUGGUUCUGCAAAUCAGCAACAACAACAACCUCCACAGCAAGACAACACUUUGACACCUGUUAAUAAUAAUAAUAAUAAUAACAGUGGUGGUGGUGUUGGAAAUGAUUCAAAUAAUAACAUUGAAAAUAGAAGAAAAGUUACAUUUGGAAGUAGUAGAAAGACAUUUAUCAACACCGAGAAUAGCAGUGGUGACCUAACAACAAACCAACAAACACCUCCACCAUUAGCAUCAAUAACAAAUACAACUACUACUACAGAUACAACUUCAGAUAUAAACAUCAACGAUUUGAAUUUAGAUCCAUUCCCAGUGACCAGACCGAGAGCCAAUCGAUCAAAGACAAUGGUACAAUCAAACUUUAUGGGUAGACCAAGAGUAAGCUUUAGUCCAAAGCCAUCGGCCGGACAACAGCGCGAGCGUGUCCAAAUAGGUGGUCGUGUAAAGAGUGGCGAUGACGUCGAUCAAUUGGUCGACCUCUCUCAAGACUCUGACUCUGUGGCAAAAGAUAAAGAUUCAUUCGAGAAGGUCAGCUUGGACGACAAGAAGAUCGGUGCCACCGCUGCUGACGAUGAUGAUGAUGACGACGAUGACGAUGUUGCACCAGUGAAGCCAAUCUCAUGGGCAUCAGUACUGAAUAAACCGAAAUCACAGAAUGGUACUGGUACAGGAACAGGUUCUGGCUUUGGAGGUUUCGGAGGAUUUAGAAAUAACAAUGGUACCAAUAAUAAUAACAACGGUGGAACUCUUACAGGUGAAGAUGGAAUCAAUCAAGAGAAUGAACCAACUUCAAGAAGAGGAACAUUCAGAAAAGCCAUUGUUAUUGGAACUCAUUUCGCCGAACCACAAGACGACAUCCCUGAGCCAACCGGUGAAGGAUCUCGCAUCUCCUCACUCGACUUGGCAACUGUUCAACGUCCAAAACAACAAUAUCACACCAUAGAUCCAUCUACUAUUCCACAAUGGAAGAAGAACAACGAAGAUUUAAUACAAACAUAUGAACAACAACCACCACCAACCACAACCACCAACAAUAACAAUAAUACUAAUAAUAAUUCAACUGGAUUAAUAUCAAAUGUAUCCAAUACAUUCUCAUCAUUAUUAAAUAGACCAUCUGCUAAGCCAGCAGGCCAAUCGGCUGGUAGAACCAAAGCAGAGGCAGAGUAUCUCGAUUAUCUCCAACGUGCUCGCGAAUCAACGUUCCCAGAGAUCGAGUCACUCAACUUUAUCUAUCAGGCUGGCAAGGACAACCUCGGUAGAACAAUCGUUGUUGUCGUUGCAUCGAAUCUUCCAGUGAAGCAAACAGACAUGGAGCGUGUCCUUCUCUACACCAUCUCAAUUAUGGAUCCAGUGGUAGAAGGUGACUAUGUACUGGUAUACGUGCACACCAACAUCUCAAACGAUAACAAACCAAGUUUUGCAUGGUUAAAGAAAGUUUAUACAAUCUUUAAUAGAAAAUAUAAAAAGAAUUUGAAAGGAUUAUAUAUAGUACAUCCAACCACAUGGAUUAAAUUCACACUCAGACUUUUCAAACCAUUUAUCAGUUCAAAGUUUUGGCGAAAGUUGACCUAUAUCGAUGAUCUCACGGAUCUCUUCAAGUUCUUCUCAAAGGAUCAAUUGAAUUUACCACCGCAAAUCAUGAUGUACAAGCCAGCGGGCAGAAAAGCACAACCAAUAUUUGGUGCACCAUUGGAGGAGGUCAUUAACAGACCAGACAAUCCAGGUGAGAUUCCAAUUUUCUUUGAGAAGGGUAUUGCCUAUUUGGAAAAGAAAGGACUCAAAGUCGAGGGUAUUUUCAGAUUGUCCGGUGCCAACUCACAGAUUAAAUCACUCAAGCAAUGUUUUGACUCUGGUGAAACCGUUGAUCUCGAAGACUGCGAAGAUGUCCACACUGUUGCAGGUCUACUCAAGCUCUACCUUCGUGAGUUACCACAACCACUAUUCCCAUUUGACACCUAUUCAUCUUUUAUUGAAGUUGCAAGAGGAGACGCACCAAAAGAUCAAAAGAUUGAAAGUAUCAAGCUAUUGUUAUCAUUUUUGCCACCUGCCAACAAGGCAUUGAGCAGACAUUUGUUUAGAUUCCUCGAUAAGGUCAUCCAGAAUGCAGCGACCAAUAAGAUGAAUGCUGUAAAUCUAUCGAUUGUAUUUGCGCCAAAUAUCUUGAGAGACCAAGACAGUAAUGUAAUGAACGUAGUUCAAGAUGCUCAAUUUGUCAAUCAAGUCAUUCAAUUAUUAUUAGAGAAUAUUAAAACUGUUGUUGUUUAA